CCUCGCCUCCUCGGACCGGCUCCGAGGCCAGCAUGUUCACUUGCACGCUGCGCCGCAUCGGGCUCCUGGGGUUCGAGGUCGUGCCGGUGCUCGACCUCCGCGUCAACCCAACGGGCAUUGACUGCACCAUCGAGAUGCUGUCAUGCAGGUUUGAGGGUUCAGAGUCAGUUGAGCAGCAGAAUGAACUCUUUUCAGCGUUUAUGAGGAACCAUAUAACAUGGGGCGACAAUGGCGAGGGGCUGUGCUUAGACAUCUAUGUCAAUUUGGAGGUCACUUUAGAGGUCUACACCAAGCCAUUCAGCUUGCUUCCAUUGUCUGCGGUGGAGAAACCAGGCAACUUGCUGAUGCAAGGCUUACUGGACAGACUUGUUCCAAUGCUAGGGGAGCAGCUGCUGAGAGACUACCAUUCCUGGGUUCAGCAGCAGCCUGAAGCUUCUUCAUGAGUUAGAGGGAAACGACCAUCCUAUGGCUUGAGCACUUCGACGGUCAGAUGGCGUCAAAUUCAAAGCUCCGAGAAAGAGUUGUGGGGAUCCAUGUUGGGAUGGUUCAUGGGAAAAUUGGUUGCUGAUGUAUACAAUACAAUUGAUGAAUGAUUUAGCAAUGUUCGAAUAUAUGAGAAUUUCUGAAUUAGAAUGCUUAAUUUUCGGGGCAUGAACUGAUCAUCCAUUUGUGCUUGUGUUCAGUAACUCAAGAGAUCAAAUUGUAUAAGUUCUGUUUGUUACCUUAAAAAAAUUAUAGAAGCACAGUAAAAGCAGAGAUUCAAGUCACCAGCAAGAAUAAAAUUGAGUAAAUUACAAAUUCAUUCUGCUCGCAGUCUGCUAUGAGGCUGUAAAACUCUCUUCUUUUUAAUAUCCAUAUCUAGAUUCCUACAGCUUAGUCAUUCAGGCUAUGUGUAAAUGCAUGAAUGGAGCCAUUAUAUUUUUUUCAUCUUCAUUCUUCCCUUCAAAUCCUUUUCAGGAGCGCAAAUUUGCCGCGGCAGGCCUUGAUAACUGGCAGAAAGCUUGCUAUGUGCCCACAUCGUCGGACAGCAUGGUCAUCGCCUUCAGAAUCUGGUUCAGAAAAUUUUGUAAGAAUCAGGUUGGUUGGGCAACCCCACAGGUCGAUCAGCUGCCACCAAGGUUUGUUUUUUUUUUAAGCAAAGAGGAAGGUGCUCUGCCUAUUCAUUUAAGGAGGGAUGAUUCACAAAAUAAACAACAAGCAGUUCGCCGGACAGCGCAGCCAGCUCGAAGUUGGCUAGCAGCAGAGACUAACAGGAAGGGCGGGAAGAAAAGAAAAAGAAAGCGUACAAGAGAAAGGCCGGCAACCUAAGGUUGAACGAGAAGGG